AGCUUCUAUGUUUUUUGUUUGAGGUUGUCAUUAAUUUAUUGACUUUUUGGAAACUUAUCAAAAAUGUACAAAAACUUAAUACUCUGUCUAUUCUUAAGCGUUAUUGUAAGAGUGAAAUGCAACAGUGCGGCACACAGUAAAGUAGCCAGUAAUAUAGCAGUGACAGCUGCGGAAGAAGCUAAGGCCGCACAUGAGGCACAAGCUCCUGCUGGGCAGCAAGCUGCACAUCAAGUAAAGGAACAGCUAGCCGAUAAAGCUGUCGAGGCUGCAAAGGCGGCCCAGGCCGCUUUAGCUGGUAAAGAAACAUAUCUAUCUGAAAUACACAGGGAAAGAGAAGCCGCUAGGACGAUAGUGCAGGAAGAAAGAGCCAGUAAAAUCGAACUAGAAAAUACGGCGAACAGCGCCACCAGGACAUCCCACGAAGCCCACGCACUCGUGAAGCUGCUAGCCACGGCUGGACAGCUGGCUCAAGGAUCCGGCGCGAAUGAGAGGUCCUCCCUGGACCUCCUCCGUCUGCAGCUGGCCGAAAAAGUGAAGGAGAUUGAGGCCGCGAGAGCUAAACUUGAACAGUUGUGCAGCGAACUUUGCGCUGCCCGAAAUGACCUAGCUGCAACCAAAUGUGCUGCAAGGAAAGCUAUUCAGCAAGCUGCUGAGGCUCGACAGUCUGCCAUGAGAGGUCGAAGGCGAACAAGGACAGCUAAUGCCGAAAGGAGUGAAGCAAAUAACAACAAAUGAGUCAUCUACGCAAAAAACGCUUUUGAGUUGGUUUUACAGUUUUAUACAAUGAUGAAACACUUACUUAUCGUUUUCAGUGGAGCUCUGGCCCAUGAGUUUCUUAGGGCUAUAAAUUACUAUAAUACAGUAUAUACAAUAAAAGUUUAUUCGAUUUU